AUGGAUUACCUUCCCAAUCGGCGUCUUCUUGGGAUUGUGGCGUUAGGUUGCGGCGUGUAUGUAGCUAGAGAGAUGUACGUGAUGUAUUACAUGAAACCUUGGAACAGGGAAGAACACGGUUAUGAGAGACCACCACCAGAUGGCAAUUUUCCGGAUCUGCGCCUUCACAAUAAUUUGAUGGCAAAUCACCUCACUCCAGAUCUUUACAAUUCACUAAGGUAAGCAAAUAACUAGCAUGUACUAAAAGUAAUUAUUUGAGUAAUUAUUAAGAAGUAUGGGUCAAUAUAUCCCCCGCGUCCCCGACAUCCUCGCUUGUAUGAUUAUAUUGGCAUUAUUAUGCGUCAUGAUCACCGAUUCGUCUUGGGCUCUUUGUCCAAGAUUGAUCAACAAACAUCUACUCCCGUUUCAAAAAACGGACUCGUGGAUAUUAUCCCUGGAAAUUGCAAAUGAAAUCAAUUUACAAGUAAGCGUCACCAACGGCUUGCAGACCAAAUGGAAGAAUAUUUUUUUAACAUUUUAGAGAAAAUUAUGCUAAUCUGAUUAAUAGGUAAAUUAUGUGUUUUUCUGGGUAUUUUAAUAAGCUAAGCUAAGCUAAGGCAGGUAGUGAAAAUACCGUAAACUGCAGUAUAUACCCCCCACGCCCUAGUUAUUUAACAAAUCGACCACAAUUUUCCAUAGUCUAUACUCUUGUAGACCAUAGAAAUGACAUCAUAAGAUGUUCAAAACUCAAGUGGAACCACCAGCAGCAAGCGAGUGGUUUCACUACAAAGUUUUGAACAUUUCAUGGCCUCAUUUCUAUGGUCUAUGAGAGUGUAAACCAUGGAAAAUUGUAAUCGAUUUUUUUUUUUACAAUAACAUUUAUUUUUAGUUUAUUACGAAGUUCCUCGGAAAAUCACAUGUGACAUGCGACGCCAUCAGCGCGCGAGGAUUCGCUAAGUUAUUGUAAAAAGGUCUUUCUACCUGUAAACAAAAAAUACAUCAGAUUGAAGAGUACAAACAUUAACCACAAAGGACACAAAGGACCGCAAACGAAUAUGCCGAAGAACGUAGGAUCUCAAAAGACCUGGGCCCGUUGCAUAAAACGUCCGUAACAACUACGGGUACACGUACGUGCACUCGUAACUUAAGUCAGUUGCAUGAAAUCACUAAAGUGGCAUGGUCAACUUAGGGAAUUCAUUUAAGUGGUUGCACUUACGAUUUUCGUAAGUGUUCACUUAAGUGUCGUUUAUGCAACAGAAAUUUCGGGUGUUGCAUAAAACUUUUUUUACGGGAAAAAUAGCACGUAAAUUUACGGGACCUAUGUGGGUCCCGUAUCGUCACUGUUUUUACUAAAUUUAACGAGAUCUUUUACUGAGAAGUGAAAAAAAGUAUUUUUCUUCACGUAAUUCGUUCUAAUGCGCUUUGUUAACCUCUGAUGAACACUUUUGUGAAAAAAGAAGAAGAACUAUCAUUUUCAGUAGAUAUUGAAGAAAAAUAACGUUUGCAUGCAAAUUUCAUUUUUUGAGAGGUUUAAAAGUGUUGGAAACGACUUUUAACUUUCUUUACACUCACCGAUGGUUAGCUUAAAAAAAAAGAGUUAAUCGUUAAUAAAGUACUAUAUCAAGGUUACGUGUGCCCUUAAGUGAGCCCGUAAGUUACCACGUAAAACAGAAACUUACGAGAGUGCUAAGAAUGUUCCAUGCAACACCCGUAAGUGUACCCAUAACGGACUCGUAAGUGACCUACUUAGGUGAGCACUUAAGUGCAGGUUUUAUGCAACCGGGCCCUGGGCCCGGUUGCAUAACACCUAUUGUAGCUUAAGUGCCCACUUGAGUAGGUCACUUACGAAUCCGUUAUGGGUACACUUACGUGUGUUGCAUGGAACACUCUUAGCACUCUCAUAAGUUUCUGUUUUACUUGGUAACUUACGGGCUCACUUAAAAGCACACGUAACUUAAUUUAAUACAGUACUUCAUUAAUGACUCACUCUUUUUUUUUUAAGCUAACCAUCGGUGAGUGUAAAGAAAGUAUUAAGUUGUUUCUAACACUUUUAAGCCUCUCAAAAAAAUGAAAUUUGCAUGCAGACGUUAGUUUUCUUCAAUAUCUACAGAAAAUGAUAGUUCUUCCUCUUUUUUCACAACGUCGGCUUUAAAGUGUACAUCAGAGGUUAACAAAGCGCAUUAGAACGAAUAACGUGAAGAAAAAUACUUUUUUUUCACUUCUCAUGCUCAGUAAAAGAUCUCGUUAAGUUUAGUAAAAACAGUGACGAUACCUAGAUAGGUCCCGUAAAUUUAUACGUGCUAUUUUUCCCUUAAAAAAGGUUUUAUGCAACACCUGCAAUUUCUGUUGCAUAAAGGACACUUGAGUGAACACUUACAAAAAUAGUAAGUGCAACCACUGAAGUGAAUUCCCUAAGUGGACCACUUAAGUAAUUUAAUGCAACUGACUUAAGUUACGAGUGCAGGUACGCGUACCCGUAGUUGUUACGGGUGUUUUAUACAACCAGGGGAUCGGCAAACAUGAAAAGUAGACAUAUUAAACUCUGCAGGCAGAAUAGUGCAAUGCUGAUCGUACAACGUGAAAAUUAACUCUGCAAGACAUCAACACGCCACCGAAAGGACUCAAAACAGAGCGGGAUUGUAGCCAUAGACAGCUCUGAGUGCGCGGAUAUUUUUCAUCAGAGCUUUCUCUGGUUGUUACGCCAUACUGACGAGCCCCAAAGAGGGCGAAACAGCUGUCUAUGGCAACAAUUAAUCUCGCUCUGUUUUGAGUUCUUUCGGUGUCGUGUUGAUGUCUUGCAGAGUUAAUUUUCACGUAGUACGAUCAGCAUUGCAGUAUUCUGCUUGCAGAAUUUAAUAUGUCUAUGAGAUUGUACGCCGGCUCCCGGAUAUAAGCCCCUGUGAGCUUGUGUUGAAAUGAAUUCGAUUUAAUUUUAUUAUGAUUUUUUGAAGCUUAAUCAAAUUCGUUAAUUGUCACGUAUCGUUUGAUCAGUACUGCCAUAGCACGUUGCGAAGCACUUUUUCUGUUCCGGUUAUAAGCUCCCUCAGAUAUAAGCUCCCCCCACCACCACCGUUUAUAACCUCUCCUUAAGCUGUUAAGCUCCUUACGAAGCUGAUGCAUUGUAUAAGCCCAGGGUCUAUAAGCAAAAGUUUACGGUAUGUACAAAGCCUGGUCAUGUGGCUACCAAAUGGAUUUUCCUAACGGCAUUUCUCGGUGUUCUCUCGCAAGUGACCGCUGAGAGUUUAAACUUGGCAUGGCUUUGCUGCUUGUAGCAACAAAGAAAAAGUUUAGACCGUGAUAAUCCGUCUUGAAUGACACAAUAACUUUUUCGUUCUUAGCAGUUAAGUUUUCUCUCUUUCUCUAAUUCGUUUCGAAAUAUAUGUUUUUUGUGGACAAAUGAAGUAUUUCCUCUAAAAUUCAUUGGAAUGCCCGAGAGCAUGACGAAUAAGACCAGAAUAACGAAUUAACCAUGUGAUAGAAGUUCCCUUAGCAAAGGUUUUAAAACAAAACACGUUAAAACAUUCCUACAUCUCUUUUUGUUAUUUCUGAGGGUGGGUGAUUAUUAAACGAAUAUUUCAAGUCGACAUAGUAUAUCAUCGUUGAAAAAAUUAAACCAAGUGAGAUAUUUUCCAGCAUAUGCAGAUGCUAACAUCCGCUUUGUUUAAAUUCAGUUCGAGACUGAAUGAUUCUGAGAGAGCGCAUAAAUGAAUUGAAGUUCUCAUAAUGGCUUAUACCCAAGCCCAUAAAUCCAUUACAAAAAAAAUAACAAUAAAGAUAGUCCCACAUAGACUAGCAACAUUUCCCUGGAAUUGCGUGUGGAAGGGAAAGCCGGGAUUUUGGAGAGGGGCAUGUCAUAUAAAGAACGAGUGAGCGAACGAAACACACAGCUAGUUGCUUUAAUCAGUGACGCCUUCCGUGUAUGACAAGUCCUUCAGCAGUCGCUGACCAUUAAACUUAAUUGCAACUUAUUAGCUUAGCAAAAUAAAGAAUAAAGGCAUCCUUUUCAUUGUUAUUCUACUAAAUAUACUAUUUAAUUUUCCAAAAUAGAGCGACACAGUCAUGUAAUUUAAAUUUCCUUUAUUAGGAACAAGAUUACCGAAAAAGGGUUCACCCUCGAUAAAGCCAUUCAGGUUGGAGUGGACAACCCUGGAGUUCCAUGGCAACGGGCAUCCGGGAUAGUAGCAGGAGACAGAGAGUCUUACGAAAUGUUUGCUCCACUAUUUGACGAAAUCAUUCGAGAAUACCACGGACACCGAAAGACCGAUUUUCAUUCUAGAGACUUGGACAGCCGCAAGAUUGUGGGCGGCAAACUUAGCAGUGCCUACGUACUUUCGGUACGAUUGCACACGAGGCGGUCGAUUCAGGGAUAUAGUUUACCGGCUGGAUGUUGCCGAAGUGAGAGAAGGAACCUCGAGGACCUCAUUCGAUUGGUGUUCAAGCGAUUGGGAGGUGAGUGGCGGCAAGGUGAGGGACAUUUCGGAGUCUUCUAUAUAAAGUACUCCACAUGAAUCAGCGGGUUCUGCAGGAAGAGAAACCUGCAGUCGACAAUCAAAAUAUUCCGAGUCUACAAAUGUCUUCGAGGGUAAUUCCGUAGACUACGAAUACAGCCGCUUCGUCUCUUCGCUCCUGGGCACCGCUGGAACGUUUCGCGAGACAGACACUCGGCGGUUGGGAGCGAUGAGAAGCCACUGUUUUCGCAGGCUAAAAUACUGAAGCUUUAAAAUUACAUAAAUUAAAGCUAUGCGGCGAUUUUCUUUUUGCAGGUGAAUUUCAACAGAAAUAUUUAACCUAACCAUUACCAACGAAUGCCCUCGGAUACCUUGUGAAAGUUAUUAACUGAAUUACUUCCACCAUCUUCCAUCACAGUGAAAGUAGAAACUAACUUCAGUCUAUAACGACCAAUCAGUCCUUCCGUACUCUCGCCAGGCCACCUUUUCAAAAGCUCCUUAUAACUGUCCGUAACUAUCAUCCAUCCCGGCAUCUCCUUAACUUCGAUUCCACGUUAGUAACUUACUAGAAUUUUACAGAGAAAGCUCAUUUUGGCGGAGGUUAAAGUUAGAAAAUGAUCCCAUUUUGCCCAUAGUACGAAGCCAUAGUUAGUAGAAAGACUUAAUUCCCUUUGGAUAUGACAUAUUUUAUAAUCAUUUCAGGCGAGUUCGAGGGUGAAUAUAAAAGCCUCUCCGAUUUUCCUGACCCUAGCCUUGGAUCACUCAACGUUUCCACUCAUCCCACGUCACCAAUCAUCACGUGUUCAGGCCGUGCACGUGAUUGGCCCGAGUCACGUGGUAUAUACCGAAACAAAGACAUUACUUUCGUUGUUUUUGUCAAUGAAGACGAUCACGUGCAAUUCAGGUGCUUCGAUAAAGGUGGGAACGUGCAAGGCGUGUUUGACAAGUUAAUCCGGGGAAUUGCAGCGUUUGAGCGAGAGCUUAAGAAGUCUGGGGAAGAGUUCAUGUGGGAUGAUCACCUUGGUUACAUCGUUUCGGACCCAAUUUACCUCGGUACUGCACUGGACGUUAGAGUAAGAGUCAAACUGCAUCACCUUUCUACGGUAAGGAUCAGUAAACCAGCUUGGUUUGCAAGCGUUUUAGUCGCUUAUGGCAGUUUUUAAACUACGUUUGGACGAACUGUGGGGGCUUGAUAUCUGGCCACUUGUUUGGACGAUUUGACACAGGGUCAGACUCGUAAUCUGGCGGUCCUGGGUUCGAGAGUUCCGCUCUGACAACUGGCCGGGUUCAUUUCUCUGUAGUCUGCAAUUCAGUUCCUCGGCCAUGUUUAUUUGUCAGAUAACAGCCAACAGGUUGUCUCAUACCAUUCGGGGUUCUAAAAAAAAAACAUCCCGUUAUGUUCUCUACUAUGAUUAGUGAACUUAUGCGACAGGUCGGGAGAGGAAAGAAGACGGCAAAUCUUGUGUGACAAGCGUGAUAAUAAUUUUGUUUGAAAUAAAAUUUCGCUAAACUUCACUUCCCUUUGAACAGAUCUUUCUGUAAAAGACCAGAAAACAUUAAUUUAUGUCAAGUGAAGAUCAAGGCAUAUCACGCAAAUAAUAGCCCUGUCACGUUUGACCAAAGGAUAUUUUGGAAAAAAGAUGUACUCCUGCCGUCCUGUUGCGUGAAACAAACAGCCUUCCCUGUCCCUACCAACAAUCCCAGAAGUCUUUGAGAAAGUUAACUGGGCGAAUGCCCUAGCUUUGAAAUAUGCCAUAGCUAUUUCUGAUCAAUAACAGUAACCAAUCUUCCCCAGGAUCCAAGGCUAAGAUGGAUUCUCACGGCGUACAAACUUGAGAGGAGACGAGCAGGUAUGAUUCAUCUUUUUGGCUUAGCUUAGUUUUAUGGUCAACAAGAUGCCUUAAGUUUAUAGCUACAUGAUUCAGCAUCGCAGAGCUAACCUGGGAACAGGCUCUUUAAUUUUUGUCGGAAGCUUGCUUGCAAAACUUACUAGCCUUGAACCAUCUGAAAACUAACCGAGACGCCGGGAAACUAGUUGUAACUUUCUAGUCCGUGCUAUGUCUUACGUGACAGUUCGAAUGAAACCUAUUCACUUCUAAAUUUGGGAAAUUAAGCAACCGGCGCAGGACAGCGACGGAAACGAGAACGUCAAAAAAGCAAUAGGUUUACUAACAAGCAAAGCUAUAACUCUGUACAUGCAGCACGCAUUUUGGUAGACUUCUCUGCCGACACUGCACGACUGCGACGUGGAGUUAUAGAGUGCGAAAGCGCACCCCGACAAUUUUUUCCUUAUUUUUUGAACUUAAGUGCGCCCUCUAGCUAAGUAUUCAACUCAAGAAAUAAUUCGCCUGUAUUUGGCAAAUUGGGUUAGUGGGCAUUAUUAUUGUUUUUCCAAGCAUCGAUGCUCUAACCAGGAAGAGUUAUUUUUUAACAUCCAAUUGGACGAUUCCAAGUGUGUGAGGCGCCAAUUUAACCUUUAAUUAAGAAAUCAAGGGAAUCUAUCAAGAUAUACGAUGCUUCUUUCUUUCUUUCCUUUUUUUUUUCUAGGGCUCUCUGAAGGGGACCUUCUCUCUGGAGUAAUGUUUAUUCAUGGUUCGCGAACUCUUGGUGUUUCCGAGGUUUGUUUCUUUGUUGGUGGAUACUGUUUGUUUCAACAGCUGAAGUAGUCAAACAAAUAUAAAGAGCGAUUGCUAGUUUCUCCUUUUUUCAAGCAGUUCCGUAAAAUUUAACGGUGUGUGUUUUAUUCUAGUGCCUUGAAAAGUUGCUGAGUUCUGAUAUCUAUUAUCCACAUAAUUUCAUAGUUUUACCUUGGAAACGAAUCUUUAAAUGUAGCGAGCUGGCCCUUGAAAGUCACAAAUCCACAAACAGUCACAACAUAAGUUUGGGUAGUCUGAAUAAAAAGAGUUUCACUAAAGAACGGACUUAAAGAGUUCAACGGGGUUGACCAGAAAACAUGUUCUUGGCUACAGUCCAUUCUCAAUGGCUCUAUGACUGACCUCCUCCAUUGCUCUUUAUUUUUGGCUUAUUAUUUUUGUAAUACCCUCACCACGGGAUGGUUGAGCGGAACCGUAUUACAAGACCCCAUUACACACUUUUCGAUCUCUCUCUUAAGAGCUCUGCCAAUUUUUAAAAAUCUUUUUACUUACAUGCAAACUCAGUCAUAUAAGACUGUUUUUUCUAGGUACAUUCUGUUCAGCGCUUGUGUGAUGGAGUUAAUCGUCUAAUAGAGAUAGAGCGCAUGCUGGAACGGGGAGAAGACAUUGAAGAUGCCUUGCCAACGGCCCCGGUACCUCGUAGCGAAUUCAAAUUCGGUGUAUAG